AGGGGAACCGCCCAACGACAUCCGCAGCCAACCGAUCAUCCGACUGCCCAUCAUCACGCUGCUGUGACCAGGAGCUUCCUCAGUCGUGGAUCUCAUCAUCGCUUCGUCAUCUAUAUCGCUGCCAACCGACCGUACCCAACUUAGGGACGACAUAAAUCGUGAUGCCUAGGAGCCUCGUCCACCUCGUACGAGAGCGCUACCUCACAUCGAUUCGCUCUGUCCAGCCUCCGUCAAGAUGGAAAGUCCUCGUUGUCGACAGCUUCACGCAGUCGCUCCUCAACUCGGUCCUCAAACUCAAUGACAUCUUGCAGCAGAACGUCUCCACGGUUGAGAAUAUCGAGCAUAACCGCAGCCCUCAAUCGAGCUUUGAGGCUUGUUAUCUCCUCACUCCAACCAGUGCCAACGUGGAUCGCCUCAUCCGCGAUCUCUCACCGCCACCACCGGGCAAGCAGCCACAAUAUGCUGCAGGUCACAUCUUCUUUGUCGAUAGCCUCUCAGAUGUGCUACUGCAGCGAUUGACGACGUCGUCUGCUGAGCCUCAAUUACGCCAGCUCAUCGAGAUGUUCAACAAUUUCUGGCCAAUCGAGGCUCAGGCCUUCUCCCUCAAGAGCCCGCAGUCCUUCUUCACCCUCUUUCAGCCCAUUGGAGGAGCAUAUGGGCCAGAUCAGUCGGAGGCAAUGUCUGCCAUCGAGGGAGACCUCUUCUUUGCCACGCAGACGCUUCUCAACGUCUGCGUCACCCUCAACGAGUUCCCUUUGAUUCGCUACUACAACCCGCAGCAUCCUGCGCUGGGACCGCUAGCUCCCAUCGCCAGCAACCAGGGUACCAUGAAUAGCGCAUACUCUGGCAGUGCCCGACUGGCCAGACUUGGCGGAGGAGGCUCAUCAAGAGAAGCUGCGUCGACGGGCGAGCACUUUACCCGCAAGCUCGCUUUUCGUCUGCAACAGGCCAUUGACGACUACGUGAGGGACAAUGAGCCAAAGUCAGAUCCAGGCAGACCGCGGGGCAUCCUCUUCAUCACCGAUCGUACCAUGGACACCAUUGCUCCUCUACUGCACGAAUUCAGCUACCAGGCAAUGGCAAAUGACCUUCUGCCAAUCGAAGACGGAAAUCGAUACCACUACCGCUUCUACACUUCCGAUGGCAAGCGCGAGGACAAGGACGCUACGCUGAGCGACGAUGAUGCCGUAUGGACGGGCAUUCGCCACCUGCACAUCGCAGAAGCCAUUGACCGCCUUUCCCGCGACUUCCAAGCUCACGCGGGUGAGGCGGGAGCGUACACGGACAAUGCCUCCAGUCUCAAUGACAUGCGCGACAUGCUCGCCAGCUUACCACAUAUGCAAGAGACAAAGGACAAGCUCAGCUUGCACCUGACGCUAGCUCAAGACUGCAUGUCCCGCUUUGAGAAGACUCGCCUCCCUCAACAGGCCAUGGUUGAGCAGAAUUGCGCUACUCGCCUCACACCAGAGGGUCAGAAGCCCCGCACCCUCGUCGAGGAAAUGGUGCCCCUUCUAGAUGAUCGGUCUGUAUCCAAUGCGGACAAGGUGCGCAUCAUCGCGUUGUACAUCAUGUACUGCGAAGGUGUCAACGACGAGGACCGCAAACGCCUCUUCCAGCAUGCGCGCCUUUCACUCCACGAGAUGGACGCCGUCAACAACCUCGUGCACCUGGGCGCACAAGUAGUGAAAGAUCCCAGCACGUCAUCAGCGUGGGAUGGCUGGUUCAGAAAGGGGAAGCGCAAGCAACAGCCAGGCGAGAACGAGUACGAGCUUAGCCGCUAUCAGCCAUUGUUAAAGUUGAUGAUCGAGGAUCACUUUGCGGGCAAGUUGGAUCAGACGACGUACCCAUAUGUGAGGGACGCCCCGCCUGAGAUGCCGACUGGGGCGGCCAGCUACUUAUCUGCUGGACUGGCAUCCGGCGGCAGAGAUUCGCCUCUGGCCAGGGUGGCUGGUCAGCUGGGCGGGUCAGGAGGCAGUGGCAGCGGUGGCAGCUCAGCGAGGCCCACCGGGGCACCGUCAUCAUUACGCAGUGCCAAGCCGACCUGGCAUCAAAAACCCCGAGGCGCAGGCGGGGCAGCGGGAGGCGGCGGUGGCGGCGGCAGCGGAGGUAGUGGCGAUCGCUACGGCAUGAAUGGCGGCAGCGCGGGUGCGGGCGGAAUGGGUGGCGGCUCCGGUGGUAGCGGCGCUUCGAUGCGCGACGAGACACGGCAGCGUGUCCUGGUCUUCGUGGCAGGGGGCAUGACCUAUUCGGAGAUGAGGUCCAUUUACCAGAUCAGCAACAAGAUGCACAAGGAUGGCUACAUCGGGUCAACGGACGUCUUCACGCCCGAGAGCUUCCUGAAUGCGCUCAAGACAUUUGGGAAGGCGGGAAACAGUGGGCCUUUGGGUCGAGGAGGGCCCGUUGGGGCGUCAAAUGGCCACGGAGGUGGCCUUCCAAGUGGGGCGAGCGUGUUAUCGCCGCCGUCGAAUGAAGUUUCUGGCCUCAGAUCAAAGGCGAGGCAGGCUCAGCACCAGCAACCAUCUCCGCCGCAGCCUGAUCAGAGCCAUUUUGAGCAGAGCAACUACGACAGGCGCUUCGGUGGUGCUUCGAGCACCGCAACACGUCCUGCGGCGCAACAUCAUCACACGCACACCGGCGCCACUCCAGGCCACCAGCAGCAGAGCUAUGGCAGAUAUGGCGGCGGCGAAGGAGGGGCCGGAUCAUCAAGAGAUGGCUAUGGAGGUGGAGCGGUUCCUUCGCACGUCCAAUCCUUCAAUGGCGCUAUUGGCCCCUCAACAUCGCAGGCUUCUCUGGGCAGGGCUUCUCUUGCCAGCUCGACGGCGUCUGGAAGAGAUGAGAAGGCGAAGAAGAAGAGGAACGUCUUCGGCUUCAAGAAGAGCGAUAAAAGUGGCAGUUGAGCGAGAGAGGGAGCGAGCGGGCAUGUAGAG